CGCCGCAGGAGAGAGAUAGAGAGGAGAGACAGACUGUGGAGGAGAAGACGCAAAGCCUCAUCUCUGCCUGGAGAUGAAAGAGACUUUUAACUGAACAAUCGGAUUUCACUUGGUGCCACCAUGUAUUUCGGUAAUGUCUGUCACAGUGUUCUGCCGCCGCUGGCUCGUCCCAUGCUGGGCAGGACGCAGCCCUCCCCGGACGCAAAGCCCCUCCUCCCCUUCCACCUGCUGCCUGGAUUCACUGACAUGGAUCACGUCCAUAAAGCUCUGAUUGGCCCAAGCUUCGGGCUAAUCUCGCCGCUGAAGAGAAAGGCCAGCUCCUGCGGAGUCUGUCGACUGCGGUUCAACUCUGAGGCGCAGGCUUCUUCCCAUUAUAGCGGCACCAAACACGCGAAAAGGCUGAAAGCUCUGGACGCCCCAGAUUCAAAGAUCAGGACCUCCGAACUGGUCUCCAAGGAAACAACAUCGCAAAUCCUCUUGUCACCCUGCUCACAGCCCUCCAGCUAUGACACAACAUCAGGAGAACCCUCGGCCCCAAACCCUACCUCAGAGGCGGCACCAUCGAGCAGCGGUCCCUCUGAAACUGUGAAAGCACCCUCCGACGCCUCCCUCUCACCCAGCCCGAGGACACCAGAGAAAGAGACACCAAGAGACGGAGAGUUGGAUGUGGCUCCAGACGGCGAAACAGAGGAAGAGAAAGCAAUACGUCUUCUCUACUGCUCCCUUUGCAAGGUGGCCGUGAACUCUGCCUCCCAGCUGCAGGCCCACAACAGUGGCACCAAGCACAAGACGAUGCUGGAGGCGAGAAGCGGUGAUGGAGCCAUCAAGUCUUUCCCGAGGACGGGGGUCAAGGCCAAGUUGGUAGCGCCGUCGGAGCUGUCAACUGGGCUCCAGAACAAAACUUUCCAUUGUGAGAUCUGCGAUGUGCAUGUGAACUCAGAGACUCAACUCAAACAGCACAUCAGCAGUCGGAGACACAAGGAUAGAGCAGCAGGUAAACCAGCCAAGCCAAAGUUCAGCCCCUACACUCCCACCCAGCGUCACCAGAGUUUCCAGGCAAUUCGUCUGGCUCUACAGAAGAACCAAGACCUCACCAAACCUCUGGCCUCGUGUCUCCUGCAGCGUCAACUCUCCGUUGCAGCUGCCAUGGCAACACUGCCCUCCUUCUCUCUCCGCCCUGCCUCAAACUCCAGCCCCGCCCUGUUUCCGAGUCAGCCCCUUCCCCAGGCGCUGCUGCAACCGGCCCCUGGACCCAUCUGUUCGGCACACACACCGGUUCUGUUCUCCCCCUACUGACCCCGCCGAGGUCUCAAUCAGCUCUGAACUACAGCUAAAAAGCAGACCUGAGACCUGAACAAGACGUGAUAUAAGACAGUGCUCACUAUACUCCACAUAACAACAGAUACCGUUGGUGUCAUGGACCAGGACUGCAGAUUGUUUUCCUGGGACCAAAACCACGAGGCCGGUUGGGAUGCUGGAAGUACAAAGCAGUAACUGAGCGAGUGUUUUCUGAUGUGAGCGUGUGUGUGAGUGUGUGCGCAGAUAUAGCCAUCACAGAGGUACAACUUUUAAUAUGUUUGCUGCACUUCUGCUUCAUUCCUCCAGUAAUAAGUGUUAUAGAUGCUAAUGAUCUAUAUGACAAUAAAGAAAGUCCCUCUUAAAACGGAUAGUUUCAUUCAGUAUAGAUAUAAGGAAGAUGCAUCAUGGUGAACAUCCAUGAUGACUAUAACUGUGUGUUUGGUGUGCAGAUAUGCAUAUAGGUAUGAAUGCCAUACAGAGCAUGCUUGACUGAAGAUGUUUAUUAUUUUCCAAUAAACAAUAGCUGUGGAUACUCAUAUUUGGUUCCUUUGUUACCCUACUGAGUUUGAAUCUACAUAGGAUCAUUGGAGUAAAUGACUCUUAACA